AUGUCCAACCCGGUGCCGUCUGUGGAGGAACCCGUGGGAAAGGUCCGCGUUGAUAUAGAGUCUCGCGAGGUUAUCGAAGGGCCGCCCAAGAGCAGUUGGAAAGGCAAGAUAUGGGAUACGUUCGACCGACCGCCGUUGGAGCGUAAGCUGCUGUUCAAGAUAGGCUACUUUCUCAAAAAUCUCGAUCAAACCAAUGUCAGCAACGCCUUCCUUACUGGUAUGAAAGAAGACCUCAACAUGUACGGCAACCAGCUCGUCACUUCAACCUCGAUCUGGACCGUGGGAUAUGUCAUCGGACAAUUGCCUUCGAAUCUGCUUUUGACGAGGGUAGAGCCGAGAUGGGUCAUCCCCUCCCUGGAACUCGGCUGGGGCAUCGCCACACUCGGAUCAUACGGUGUCAAAUCCUACAAAUCUCUCUACGCCCUCCGCUUCCUCGUCGGCCUCUUUGAGUCUGGAUUCUAUCCAGGCAUGCACUACCUCCUCGGCUCCUGGUACACCCCCGCCGAGAUCGGUAAACGCGCGAUGAUCUUUUGGCUCGCCGGUUCCCUUGGGCAGAUGUUCUCGGGUCUUUUGCAAGCCGCUGCGAGCAGGAAUCUUCAUGGGGUACUCGGACUUGCUGGGUGGAGGUGGCUGUUCAUCAUCGACGCGAUCAUCACUCUCCCUCUGGCUGUCAUGGGAUACGUCUUCUUCCCGACUCAACCUUUGCAAGGCAAAAAGACAUGGUGGUUGACAGAUGACGAAUUCGCUUUGGCAAAGAGUCGGUUGACCAAGAUCGGCCGGGCCGGCAAGUCCCCUUGGUCCAAAGCAAAGAUCAAGCGUCUUCUCCUUUCCUGGCACACUUACUUUCUCCCCGUCUUGUACGUUAUCUGGAACAACGCCUCCGUCCAAGCCCCCAUCGGCUACUGGCUUAAAUCCUUCAACUCUGCGCCUUACCCCGGCGGCGAUAGGCGGUUCAGCACAAGCGACAUCAACCAGCUUCCCUUACCCCAGACUGCCAUCUUUGUCGUUAUGGCAGCUAGCUGGGCGUGGUUGAGUGAUGGUGUUUUGAGAGGUAAUCGGUGGAUAUUCGUCUAUAUUGGCGCUGUCAUUGCCAUAAUCUUUGGCAUCGUCGCUCUCAAAAUCGACCUCUACGCCAACGUCACCGGUACACUCGUCUUCUACUGGUUCUCCUCCAUCGGCCAAGGCGCCGGUCCUCUCAUCCUCACAUUCAUCAACGAAAUCUGCUCCGACGACACCGAAAAACGCGCUCUGCUCGUGGCAGCCGCCAACGAUUUUGCCUAUGUCGUGCAAGCUAUUGUACCAAACUUUGUGUGGAAGACUGUUAAUUUCCCGGAAGCGAGGACGGGGUGGACGUAUUCGGUUUGUCUGAAUGCUGCGCUUAUCGUAUGGAUGACAGCCAUCCUCCUCCUUCGCCGUCGUGACCGCCGAAAAGCCCUUCGUUCCGCCUCUUCCUCCUCCGACCUCGGUCACGAGAAACCUUCCUCUCAAGGUCAUCCCGAAGGCUCUGGCGCACUCUCCGAAUCGGGUAGUGAGCGAGAUAGUGUCCCGAGAUUGGCGCAGGGUGAGAGGGAUGGGGUAAAAACUCCUGGGUCGCCGACUGGGAGCUUUGAUAAGAAGUAG